AUGGAUGAAGGGGAUUCUCAAUUUGACCCAGAAAGUAGUGUUAGCAAUGAAUAUGAAAAUGAUGAAGUAAAUUCAAAAAAAAAAAAUGAAGAAUCCGAUCGAGAUCGUUUAAGCGACCAAUAUAGCGACAGCCGACGUAGUGAUAGCAGACGUAGCGAUAGCAGACGUAGCGACAGCAGACGUAGUGACAGCAGACGUAGUGACAGUCGACGUAGUGACAGCAGACGUAGUGACAGUCGACGUAGUGACAGUCGGCAUAGUGAUGAUAGUGCAAGUCGCAGAAGUCCAAGCCGAGAAAGUAUAAGUCGUGAAAGCAUAAGUCGAAGAAGUGUAAGUCAUACUGAAGAAGAAUCUAAAACAGAAAGAAGUCGCGACUCCGAUGCUGAACUCAGCAGGAGGAGCAACAGCUACGAUGAAAGUGUCUCUCCGAGGCAGGACGAGAGCGACCGAGAGUAUACAGAAAGAACGGGGAGAACCGAACGAACGGGAAGAAGUGAAGUUAGCGAAAGGACUGGAAGAUCGGAAAGGUCUGAAAGGUCUGAAAGAACCGGAAGAAGUGGAAGAAGUGAAAGAAGCGAAUUUAGCGAACGAACUGGACGAAAUGAAAGAAGCGAAUUUAGUGAAAGAACGGGACGAAGUGGAAUUAGCGAAAGGACUGGAAGAACAGACAGAAGUGAAAGGACCGGACGAAGUGAAAGAAGCGAAAGAAGCGAAAGGACCGAACGAACCGGACGAAGUGAAGCUAGUCAAGCUAGCGAAGCUGUUGAAGCUGAAGAAGCUAGCGAAGCUGUUGAAGCUGAAGAAGUUAGCGAAGCUGUUGAAGCCGAAGAAGCUAGCGAAGUGAACGAAAUUAUAGCUCAACAAGAGCGCAAAAAGAAAAAACUGAAAAAAAAAAUGGCAAUGAAAAAAUAUAGAAAAUAUUUUACAAAAAAUAAAGGCGAAGAAAAUGAAAUAAAAUCAUCGUCCGACGAAAACUUCUUUACAGCAGAAAAAAAAAAUCGAAGAAGAAAUGAAGAACGAUAUACUACAAAUAAUAAUGUAGAAAAUAAUUGUGAUAUGUCUAUAUUUAAUGAUCAACCAGUGAAUGAUUCAUUAUUUUCAAGACCCCCAAAUGCAUCUGAAAGUGAAAGAGAUUCAAGUGAUAAUAUAGAUGAGUCUAUGUAUGAUGGACACCAAAGAUCCGAAUAUAAAAAAAGUACAGAGACAUAUAGUAGGAAAUAUUCUGAAGAUGAUAUAAGUGAUAGUAUACGAUCUAGUCGUAGUUAUAGUAGUAGCAGUAGAGACAGCCAGUAUAGUCGUAGUUAUGAUAGCGAUCGAAGGGGUACAAGUAUAUAUAGUGAAAUGGAAUCGAAGUCAAGUUAUAAACAUUCAAAAAGAGGUUAUAAAAAAUCGAUAUCAAAUAAGGAUAGUAAAAAACAUGAUAUGAAAGGACAAGCAAAAAAAAUUAAUAAAAAAAGUGAAAUAUUGUUAAAUAUGAUAUUCAAUGCUAAUGAAAUGGAUAUGAAAAAGUCAGGUACAUUAAGAGAUGAUAUAAAAACUAAACAAGAAAAUAAAGAUAAACAAUUUGAUAAUAAUCAAAAAAUUAUUAAAACUAUUUUAAAUGUUCAAGAAAAAAAUAAAGUUGAUGUUUAUUAUAAUGACGAUAAUUUUACACAAAUACAUAAAGAAAAAAAAGAUGAAAAAGGAGAACCUAUAGAUAGUCAUAAAUUACAUAGACAACAUAAAAUUGAAAAAAUAAAUGAAAUAGAUCCUACAAAAGCAAAUAUUAUAGGAGGAAAAUUGUACGAUAUAAGAGAAAAUGAAAAAUAUUGUUUUAUAAAAGAUAAAAAUGAUUUAUUUGUAGGAAAUGCAGAAGAAGAAUUUACAGAGAUAAAAAAAAAUUAUAAUAAAAUGUAUGAAGUAACAAAAUUAGAAAAAAGAAAAGCAAUGAAUUUAAAUUAUAUAUAUAAUAAAUAUAAAAUAUUAUUGUCUGAAAUAAAAUCUAGUGAAUAUUUAAGUUCAGUUGAAAGAAAAUUAAAUCUUAUUGAAGAUUCCUUAUUUUGUAUAUCUGAUUUAUAUAAAGAAGGGAAUGAUGGGGUUGCUGAUUCUAAAUUUGAUAUUACACAAAAAUUAUCAGAACUAUUUGAAAAUGUUGCUGAAAAUGUGUUAGAUACAUAUGAUGGAACAAUUAAAGGAAAAAGUAGUGAUAAUAAAAAAAGUGGACAUACAGAAAAAAAAAAAAAUGAACAAUUAAAUUUAUCUUGUGAUUUUAAUUUAUUUUUAAGAGUUUGUAAAAUAAUUUUAAACGAUGAAAAUGUAGUAUUUACUAAUAGCAAAAAAAAUAUAUUAUUCUAUAAUAAUAUAUAUAAAAUAAAUUACCUAUUUAAUUGUGUAAAAAAUAAUGAUAUAUUAUUUAAUGUAUAUUGUAAAGAAUUAAUAAAUCCAUUCGAUAAAUUAUUCAAAGGAUAUAAAGAAAUAAAACAUGAACAAGCUAGAAGUUUAAAUGAUACUACUCAAAUCAAUUGGCCAAAUUUUGCUUAUAAAAAAAAAGGAAUUAUUGAAAAAAUAAAUAUUUUAUGGUUUUAUGAAGUAUAUGAUGAAACACACUAUUUACAUUUAUACAAUUUAAAUAAUAUAAAUAGUAAAAUGUUGACUAUAACUAUAGACUCACCAAUUGAGUGUAUUGAUAUAGUUUUCCUAAACAAUCUCAUCCCAUUAGAUUCGUUCUAUAAUUCUAUAAAAAAUUACUAUCUAAUGUUAAUUACAGAGCAAACUUUUUAUUUUUUUAAUAUUCAUUUAUAUUUCAACUGUGAAGAAGAUUAUAAUAUUUCUUUAGGGGAACGAUUAAUCUAUCAAAAUAUAUAUCCAUUUUAUUUUAAUAUUUAUUUAUUUCUUUUAUUUAAACUACCAAAAGGAUCGAAAAAAAUAUAUGAAUAUAUAAAAUCUCAUGAAAAAAGUGAGCGUAUAUUUUUAGUACAGGAUGAUGGAAACGUAGUUGAAUUUGUAUACGAAAAAGAAGAUAUUUUAAAACCUCUUAACAUUUUUAAACAUAUAAUAAUUAAUACAUUAUCUAUAUUAGUAAAUAAAGUAAAUGAUACAUUCUUUUCGAAUAAUAGAAAUUUAGAAUAUUAUUCGGAUCGAGAUGAAGAUGAUGAUGGAUUAAUAAAAACGGAUAGACAUAGAUAUAGACAACAUUUUAGUAAUUCUCGUAGACGUGGUUCAACACACAAGACAACUUCCAAUGGAUCUAUCAUUAGUGACGAUGAAAGUGCACCUCCAAAUAAUACUCGAAGCAGUUUCAUUGAUGAAGAUGAUAAACACUAUUCCGAUAGUCAACUACGAAAAAGAAAAGAAGAUGAACUAUAUUUAUAUCAAUAUAAUAAAAAUAUAUAUUGUGAUGAUGUUCAACAAUUUCCUAUAAAAUUUUAUUUAAAAAAUGUUGUAACCCCAUAUUUUAUACCUUACUUUUAUUUUAAUAAAAAUAAAGUUAAAAAAAUAUUAAUAGAUAGUGAAAGAUCAAUAUUGUACGUAUUAUAUGAAAACAGUGAUUUGUAUAUAAAACUAUUAUCAAGCGCUUCUAGUAAAAAUAAAAAUUAUACUUCUGAGACUAUCAUAUUUAGUAAAAGUGAUUUAGUACGUGAAACGGGGAAUAUAUUUUUUGUUGAUGACACAAAAGCUUCACAAUAUGAUAUAUAUAUGAACUCUAAUUCCAAUAAUAAUAUGAAAAUUUCGAAUGAUCGAAGUUUUUAUCCAUUAAAUGCUAAUAUAAAUGGUAUUGGAAAUUCAGAUGAGUUUGUAGAUGCUAAUAGUGCACCCCAUAAUGUUAAUACACAAUUUGGUGAUAAAAACUUUAGCGCUACUAAUAAUUUCGCUAGCUAUGGAAAUAUAAAUUUGCAAAACAGACCAGGAAUAAAUAAUGAUAUAACAGGAAAUCCAAAUUUAAAAAAUAAAAAUAAUAAUAUUAAUAAAUUUAUGUAUCCAUCAAAUAUGGAUCAAGCAAUACUUAAUAAACUCGAAAUAAUCGAUAUCCAUAUUAAUUAUGUUUAUGAAAGAAAUAAUAUAUUUUUAAAAAUGAUUGAUAAUAAUUUAAAUAUAUAUUAUAUCUCUCUUAUUAAAAAUAUAGAAAGUAACAGUUUUAAAGUUGUAUUGAAAGAUUUUCAAAAUUACCCUCAUAAAAAAGGGCUUAAAAUUAAUGAAAAUCAAUCUCAGGUUAUAUUUACACACCAAUUAAAAAAUUUAUUUAUUGUUUUAAAAAAAGUUACAAAAGGAAAAAAAAAAAAAACUCCUAACGAAAAUGCAGGCCCCUCUGAAACUCACGGAAAGAAUGAAUGGAAUACGACAAAAAGACCUGACGAAAUUAACAUGAAAGGGCGUGGUAUGUUUGACAAACCAAACAACUUUGGAUUUUCACAACCUCCACCUUUUAAGUUUAUGGGCGAUAAUAUUAUGAACGGUCAGGAAAUAAAUCAUAAAAACAGCGAAAAUGAAAAAAAAAAAAAUAUUAAUAAAAAAAUACACAAACAAGGAAAUAGAGAUGAUGACAUAGAUUGGGAAGAUGCUCAUGGGUAUUUUGAUCCAGAAAAUGAAAAUAAAGAUAAAAAUGAUGAAACAAAUAAACAAACAUCAUCAGGUAAUAAACAAAAUAAAGAAAAAGAACAAGUUUAUUAUAAAUUAAAAUUGCUGACCAGUUCAGAUGAAAAUGGAAGUAUUCUGAACACUAGCCAUUCAAGUAACUCACCAAAAAGUAAAUUUAUUUUUAAAAAUAUAAAUGAAUAUAUAAUAAAUGAGGAAAUUAUUGGUAUUAUGUAUAAAAAAAAAAAUUAUUAUUUUCAUGAAUUUUUUGAAACAACACAAAAAAAUAAUGCUAUAAAAGAUUUGUAUAUGGAUAAAACAAAAUAUAAUAAUAUGAAUGAAAUACCAGGUGUAGGUAGAAUUGGAAAUAUCCCCCCCAUCACUGGGACUACCCCAAAUUUAGGAAUGCCUCACAAUCCAAUACCAAAUAAUCUGAUGAAUAAUUACACACAACCCCCAUCUUCAAUCCCACCUAAUAAUAUGAAUUUUUUAAAAAAUGAAAGAAAUGGAAUGCCAAUGUAUUAUUAUGAUAGUACAAAAAAAAAUAUGCCAUAUUAUUUAAACAGUCAAAAUAAUUUCAUGCCAAAUAAAAGUAAUUUAAUUAUUAAUGAUAAUUUACUUUUCAAACCCAAUGCUAGACCUGGUAUCGAACAUAAAGAUAGUUUGAAAAAUAUUCCUCCUUUUUAUUUAAGUGAAAAUACAGUUAGUGAAUAUCAAGAAUAUUAUGAUGUAUUAAUAAUAACAAAUAAAAGUAUAUAUUAUAUAAGUAGAAAUACAAAAGUUCAAAAAAUCGAAAAAAUGAUAAAUAAUUAUUUACCAUAUAGAAUAUCGUUUGAAAAUAGAAAUAUUAAAGAUAUAUUUAUUAGUGAAUUAAAAGUUAAAGAAGCUAUGAUAGCUAAUGAAAAUGCAAAUCCAGAAGGAAAUAAUUUCCCAACCCAAGUAUUAGAAAAACAAGUUCUAGCAUAUGUUAAAGAAAGAGAGAAAAAUGGAAACAUCCCUUUUAAUAAAAACUUAGAUGAUAGUAAUAUAACAACAGGUGAAGAUGAUAGCACAUCAAAUUCAAUGUCAGUUUUUUUGAAAAAAAAAAAUGAAUAUGAAUUAAUUUAUGAAUAUUUUAUAAAUCAAAUAAUACAAAUGUCAACCAGUGAAGAAUUUUUGUUUAUUAUUUGGUGUCUUCUUUUAAAUCAUGUCCAUAAAUAUGAAAUAAUGUGUUUUAAUAAUAUUCACAAUGUUGCGGGUUCUGGUAAUUCAAACAUUUCAGGUAGACAUUCCAACAAUCGAUCAAGUAAUAAAGUGGAUGAAUCACAAGCUGCAUAUUAUUGGGGUUCUUCAAAAGGAUAUGACAAUAAUUUAAAUCACCCAAUACAAGGAAAAAAUCUACGUAAUCACACUUUUGCAUUUAGCCAAAAUUUUAGUAACAAUGAUAAACCACUAAAUUAUAAACAGCCAUUCAACAGAAAUGAUAUGAGUAGUUUCAACUAUUCAAAUAAUAUAAAUUUUAAAUUAAAAGAAGGAAAUUAUGAUAUAGAUAAUGGGCAUAUUGAUUAUGAUAUUUUAAAUAGGAUAUACAAAAGAACACCUUUUAAAUUUGGGUUUCUUGAUAAUAAUGCAGAUUAUAUUAUAAAACAAGGUAAAUUACAAAAAGCAAUGGAAUUAGAAAUAAAAACAAGAAAAGUCAAAGGUAUAAACCAUUUAUUUAAUGAUAAUAUAAAUGAAUUAGAUAAUGAAAUGACAAAAAAUGGAAAUAAAGGAAAUAUAAAUUCGAUUGAAUCUAAGUAUCAAGGAACCAGUGAUGGUAUAAAUAGAAAAAAUGUUCAUUCCGAUGCUGGAUAUACUAAUUUGUAUAAUAUGUAUCAGAAAAAAAAUACAAGAGAUAAAUUAUUAACAUCAGAGAAAAAUAAAAGUGGAAAUUUUGCAUUUGAAUAUUUAACAAAUAAAAAUUUUGAUAUUUUAUUUUUAAAAAAUGUAAAUAUGUAUAAUAGUUCAUUACACAUAAUUUCAAGAGGUCUCUUAUUAUUACUUAGUCGAUUACUUAAACCAGUUAUGUUUAUAAAUAUAUUUAGUUAUGAAAAAUAUAGGGAUACACAAUUUUUCAAAUUUUUAAAUCAUAGUAAUGAAAAAAAAGAAAGUAAAUAUGAUGACAGUUAUACAGAACAAAGUAGUAAAUAUAGAUCCUCUUCAAAAGGUAUGAAGUUUCAAAAAAUCGGAGAAAAAAAUGCUAAAAAUUUUUAUAAAAAUGGUAUUUCAAUUAUUUGUAAUGACAAAGAUGAUGACAUCGAAGAAAGCUUUUAUAGUAUGAAGGAUUAUUGUGUUGUUAGAAUAAAUGAUGAUUAUAUAGUUAAUUUUACAAAAAAAGGAAAUAAAAAAAGAAAGAGAAACAUAUACGAAAGUAAUGAUAUAUUAAUACUUAAGGGAGUUAUUCCUUUAGAUUGUUGUCUUAAUUUAAUUGAAAAAUUAAAAUGUUUAAGUAUAUGUGUGAGUAUAGUAUUAACUAACUUAUUAAAAAGAAAAAAAGAUUAUGCAAAUAAAAUGAGAGGAGUUACAGAUGUAUCAAUCAUUAAUAUCUAUUAUGAUUACACAGUCAUAAUGGUUAAUGAAAUAAAUGAAUUUUAUUCUGUUUUAAAUUUUAUUAAUUUUAGUAUAGAAUAUUUAUUAAUAUAUUCAAUCAUUAUUUGUGAUUAUUAUAGAUGUAAAAAAAUUAUUAAAAAAAAAAAUGUUGAAAAAAAAAAAAAUAAUUUUUUAUAUUUACCCAGUAGCUUAUUUGACUUACUAACAAAGUGUAACUUUUUAAAAGUUUAUAUGAGUAAAACUUAUAGAGAAAUUUUAAAACAAUGUUUAUUUCAUCUGAUCAAAUCAGGGAAAUAUAUACCUGUGGAUUUUUUUCAAGGAUAUAUAAUACACAAAACUGAAUUCCUUGCAUUAUUUUUAAUAAAAAAGAUAGAAGAAGAAGUAUUUUUAAAAAAAAAAAUGAAAAUUAAAGACAGCUUUGAAUAUUAUAAAAAUGAUGGACGCUAUGAUACUAAAUAUGAUGAAUUCCUUGCAUCUGAAAAAAGAGCAGAACAUUUUAUAAAUGCAAAUUUAAAAGAUUCUCUUGUAAAUAUAAAUAUAUUUAAAUUAGUUAUUUUAUUAUAUAAAGCAGAUUAUUAUAGAUGUGCUAGUACAUUGAUAUCAUUUUAUAUCGAUUCUUAUUAUAAAGCAUUAUCAAGUGAUGAAAAAGAUGGAAACAAAACUAAUCCAAAUGAAAAUAAUAGAGGAUUAAGAAAAGGUCAUUAUAUCGAUAAAAAUAUUAAUGCAUAUAAUUAUGAGAGUAUGUUAUUUAGUACUACCAAUGGACAUAUAGAUAAUAAAAUGGGAACACAAAAUAACGAAGCAAUUAUUUCAAAUAUUGGUAUAAAAUAUAAUAAACAUUUUUAUGAGUUAUAUACAUCUUGCUUUUUACCAGUAGACAAGAUUGUACAUGUAAAUUAUUUGAAAUAUUUAUUUAAACAUGAUGAAAGAAAAAAAAAUAAAAUAAAAAGAUUCUUAAUAACGUUAUUAGAAUAUUCAAAUGAUAUCAAUUUCCAUUUUUUUAUUUUUAAUUUAAUUUUGUAUAAAUGUAAAAAUGAAUUUCCUUGUUCUAUUUUUGAUUUUACAAUAUCACCAUAUUUAUAUUUUUAUGUUAAGUUCAACGAGAUGAAUAUUAAGGAUGCAUAUAUUUAUUAUUUUAAAGAGUUAAAGUAUCAAGACAUUGUUAUAUUUUUUUCAAGAAAGGCAUUUAGAAAGUGGGACUUAUCACCAAAUCAUAUAACAUCUCUAAAAUCUAUUUCAAAAAUGGUUGAUUUAAAAAAAGAAAAACAAACAAAUAAAGAAGAAGAGUCAAAAGAAGCUCAUAGCAACAAUAACAACCCCACUCGAAAAGUCGAAAAUUUGGAAAAGCCAAAAAUAAAUGAAUCCUACAUAACAAAAGAAAAACAAUUUGAUAAAGAACAUGAUAAAAUUUCGGAUAAUAAAUUUGGGGAUCCAUCUCAUUCUUCUGCUAAAAUGGCUAGUCAACAUAAAAAUUAUGAACAAGGAAUAAAUAUAAAUAAACAUAUGCUAUUAAAUGAGCUAGCUAGAAAUAACUAUCUUUUUGAAAAUAAUUUUGUAGAUAAUAAUAAUUUAACAAAAAAUCCAUUAUAUAAUAAUGAAACAAAAGAAAUAUUUUGUAGUAUUUACAAAUAUCUAUUUCGUAUUAUUUCCUAUCCUAGUUUAAAAAAUAGAUUAGAAUAUAUUGACAAUUGCAUGAAAGCCAAAAUAUUUUUUAUUCAAAAAAUUUUUUAUUUUAAAAAAAAACAAAAUAAAAACGAUCUACAAAAUAUGAUACCAAUUAGUUAUGCAAAUGGUGAAAUAUAUGGAUCAAAUACUGAAGUUAAAUCAAAAAAUGGAGGAUAUAACAGAUUAGAGGCAGGUCGAAGAGGUGGCACCAAAACAAAUAAUAGUGAUGACUUCAUUAAUGAUGAAACAGUUAGAGUUGCAGGUAAUAGUAAAUAUUCAACAAUACAAGAUAUAUUAAAUAUUAAUUGCUAUUUAAAAAAAGAAGUUUUAAAAAAUUAUUAUUUAGUAGAUAAAACAAUAGCAUAUGAUGAUACAUUUUCAAAUAGUAUUAAAGUUUUAUUUUCAAACAAUAAAUGUCUUUUUAAAUUAAAAGAUGACUACAUAUCUAAUCAUAAUAAUUAUUAUUUAAAUUUAAAAGAUAUAAAAAAAUUUAGAACUUCAUUAAAUUAUCAGAAAAUGUUAUUUUACGAAAUUGUUAACUUAUUUGUAUUUUAUGUUUUUAAAUUUUGUGAUUGGGCUUUUUUAAAAAAUUAUUUUGAUAUCCUUAUGAAUGGAACUAAAGAAGAUGCACAAAAGGUUCUAGAACAUUUCAACAAUAUUAAUAAUGAAGAAAUAGAUGUAGUUAAUAAAUCUUUUGCAAAUAUGUAUGAUUAUUUAUGUCGAAAUAAAUAUGAAUAUGUAGAUGAUAUAGUUCAAGACUACAAUAAAAAAAUGAAAAAUAUAAAUUCCAAAAUCAAUAUAUCAAGAAUAAUUGAUAUCAUAGAUACAUUUAAAGAAUAUCUAGUUAUUAUACAAACAAAUAUAUAUACAAAAGAAGAUUUAAAAAAUAACAUUUUUUUCAAGAGUAACUUUUUAUUUAAAAAUUUCUUACCAUCAUUUAAUUUGCUAAGACUAAUAAUAUUAUGUGAUAAAAAGAAAGAAAAAAUAGACAAGCUAAAUAAUAAUUGUUUUUCUACAGUAAAUGCAAUGUUAAAACGAGAUCCAAAAUGCAAUUCUUUUUAUUUUUCAAAAUAUUCUUUUUGUUUUGAAAGAUUAUUAGAUUUUGCAUUCUCUUUAACCAUAUGUUUUGAAAACGUUCAUUUUAUUAUCAAUUAUAUUGGUGAUAUACUAAAACUAUAUGAUCAAAGUUUCAAUAUUUCAUUAUAUUUAUUAGUCGUUUUAAAAUUACACAAGUUCAUGAAUAACCUCUUUGAAAUCAAAAAAAUAAGACUUCUUUUAAAAAAGAAAAUUGAUUAUAUCAAGUCUCAAAAAUAUCAUGAACAAAUGAAAUUAAUCUAUUUUUUAAAUUGCAUACCUUUAAUUUAUUUAGACCCACAAAUGAAUGUCAUACUAAUAAAUGAAUCAUACGAGUAUAAAGGAAAUCAAGAUAAAAUUAUUUUUUCAAAAUUAUCCCCCUUUUCUUUAAUCUCUAAAAUGGUAAAUAACCAACUAAGGAGUGUCUAUUCAUAUCAUGACUACACAGAUAAUUAUAAUGUAGAAGAAGGUGGAAUAAAAGACGAUAAAAACAAAAAUAAACAAACUAAGCAAGAUAAAAAAAAUGAUAGAACUAGUGAUUUGUCCGAUAGUGAAAACAUGUAUAAUAACACUGACACUGAAUCAAAUGGUGUCGAUGCCUUAAAAAGAAAAUUAACAUCAGGUGAUACUACUUCGAUAGAUAAAGAAGGCAGAAAAGCAUUAUACUACCUCUACAAUGUCAACUAUUGCUUUAAUGAAGGAAGAGAUACUUUAGGGAAUACGGGAAGAGGAAGAAAAGCAAACUAUCCUGAAGUAAUCGUUUUAAGUCAUCAUAAUUAUUGUUUCUAUAUAACAUGGAUAUCAAACCUCCUUUUAAAUCAUAAAGUAGAAUAUAAAGCAUUAAUAAAUGUAUAUUUAAAAAUUCACAAUAAUCUAAAACAUAAAAAAGCAUCAAAUUUAGAAGAACAUGAAAUUUCUAUUAUUAUUUAUUAUCUAUUUACAAUGUGGAUAAACGGAGAUAAAAAUAAUAGUUCUUUCUUUUUUUAUAAUGAAGAACCGAGUUAUAAUGAAAAAAAUAAUAUUGGAUAUUUUUUAAAAGAUAGAUAUGGAAAAUUAGAAUAUAUUAAUAAUUAUUCCUUGAUAACUUUAUUAAAAGAAUUAUUAUCUAGAGCAGAAUUCUAUUUUGAAUAUACUUCAGAUGCAGCAUCACGAAAUUAUGAUAUUAGUUGUAUAAUCUUAGAUUCCUCCAUAUAUGAUCAUGAAAAUUUUAAAAAAUCUUCUGUCGAUAUUUUAGCAAAAUUUUUUGAUGAAAUAUAUAUAACAUUUAAUGAUGUUCUCAAUAAAAUACCAUUUUUAAAUCACAUUGUGGAAUUUCAAAACAUAAACGAAUUUUUAAAGAAGUUCAAAAUCUAUCUAGAAGAAAUAACAUACAAAGUUACACUUAGUGAACAAACUUACAUUUGA